CAUAGGCUGGAAGGUUGGCAGUGAUACUUUGGCCGUGAUUCCAAGAGCAUCUGUUUUCAAAGCAACUAUUUAGUUGAAGUACUGAUUAAGGAUACCACCAUGGAGCUUAGGCCAUUUCUGGUCAGUCUCCUGUUUAUCCUCCUAAUAUCAGCCUAUGCCGAUGCCAGGAAGAGCAUCAGUAGUAGCAGAAGAAGAGGAGGUGGCAGUGUUUAUCGUCCAAGAUCGACAUCUGCACCCCGAGUAACUCAUCCACCCCAAACGCACGUGAGUGAGAAACAAAAAGGACAGGAGUACAGAGACUGGGCAGCAAAAUUAACCGGUGCUGGUAAUGAACAGAAACCAAAAUUGAGUGGAACCACAAGCCAACAACAUCAAGGUUCAAAUCCUAACAAGAUUGGUUGGAAUAUUCCGCCAGCAAGUCAGAAACAAAACAAUCCUCCUAGUAAUGUGGCAAAACCAUCAGCCCCAUUGCCUGAUCAUAACGUGGCAACAAAAGUGAACGCACCUAAGGUGCAAUCUGGGUACAAUCCAACAGGAAACACUUAUGGACAGAACCCAUCACAAUCCUACAACCCAUCAGUUGGACAUGGCUACAAUCCUCCAGUUGGAGGACAAUCAUAUAAUCAACCCUACAAUCCAUCUGUUGGUCAAUCAUAUAACCCAUCAUUUGGUCACCCACAUAAUCCAGCUGGUGGAAAUCCGUACGGUCCAGCUGGUGGUCAUGGAUACAAUCCAUCCUACAAUCAGGGAUACAAUCCAUCAGCAGGACCGUCUUACAACCCACCAUCGUAUGGGCAAAUAUAUCAUCCACCAGCAGGCCAAGGAUACAAUCCACCUGUCGGACAAAGUAUUGUUGUUGUACCUGGUCAAACUGGACAAGCAUACAGGCCAGGAAUUGGGCAGCUGGCUAAGGAGGCAUUGGUGUUUGCUGGUGUCAGUGCAGGAGUUAAUGCUGCGGUUAAUAGAUUGUUACCAGGAGGAGGUCACUCCGGCGGUGGAAGUAGUGGCGGUGGUGGUGUCACGCAUACUCAGAUUACAUACAAUAAUUAUUACAACAAUCAAUCUGAUAGUCAAGGAUCAAACGCUCCAGCAGCCGCACCUGCUGCUGCUCCUGCUGCCGCCCCUGCAGCACCACAACCAAAUCCUGCCAUUCCUGUGGAUCCAAAUGCAAGUACUACAACAAGCACUGCUGCUCCUGUUCCAAAUGCAGCAUCAUCUAAUGCACAAGCCAGUGCAGCAGCAAAUCAAAAUACUGCAGCUAACUCUAAUAGCAAUGAUCAAAAUGCGCAAGGCAAUACAAUGACAAAUGCUAGCCCAACUGGAUAUAUAAUAACUGAUGAAGAUAUACAAAAGUUGAGUGAAGAUCUUCUCACUAAAGACAAAAAUAAUGCAAAUCAGUACAUUACUUUGAAUUUGCAAGGGAAAAAGGUAGAUGACUCCGUCACUGAUGAUGCUCCUGAACCGUUAUUAACUGUUAAGCCUGAAGCUCUUGAAAUUCCAACUGUUAAAGCUGUUCGAUCACUUUUUGAUAAUUAUGAGUUAGAUGUCAAGGUGAAAGAAAAUGUUACACCAGAAAAGCGAAAGGAGGAAAUGGAGCUACUUGAUACUUUCCUGGCAACUGAUGUAUUAUCAAGUGCUAUGAAAUUUUUAGCAGAUAAGGGUUAUAUUCCUAAUGACGAAUACGAGUUUAAAGAUGCUCUGAGGCGCAUCUGGUUUUCCCAAUUUAAGAGGGGUGAUGGAGAGCCAUCCAGUUCUGGUUUUGAGACUGUAUAUCUUGCUGAGAAAUUUGAUUCAGAUAUUAUUGGUCUACAUGAUUGGAUUUACUUUAAUGAACAAGAAACUGCAAAGAAACUCAACUAUUUGGGAUACAUUAAAGAUGUUGGUCUUGGAGAUAAGGGUGCUAUUGUGAAAUUACGUGAUUCAUUGAAUGAAAUUGUUCAGCCUGUGACAACAAUCUUUGUGGGUACAUCACCAGAAUUAGAAAUGGCACUGUAUACUGUGUGUUUCUAUACACGUCCUAAUGGACCUUGUCCAGUUUCUUUGGGAGGAAAUAAAUUUGUCAUUAUAGCUCACAGAUUCAACUACUUUGGCAAGGACAUUUUAGUUUCAGCUUAUCCUGAAAUAUAGUAAUAUUGCAUAUUUGUUGUUUUGAUAUCAAUAUCUAACUUUUUUUUAUAAUAUGUGAUUUUAUACAUGAACCACAGGAAAGUUUAUGAUUGUAUAAUGCAUUUCGUGGAAUAUUCAUAAUAUUUUACUAAAAACAUAUGAAUAGAAGUAUAUGCAUUUUAGCAUCAAACAGAAAUAAGAGUGCAUCUGAUGUACUAUACUUAUGAAUUAUUUCCUAUAAUAUUAUUUUAGAAGUAUACUAUGUUACAGAAGGUAGAAAUUCUUGAGAAUGACUGAAAUGUUGUAUAAGAGAUAUGGAAAAAAAUAUUCAAAUAAACUUGUGACUCUUUAGCGCA